AAUGUCAACUACCUUUCCAGGACUCGUCCACGAUGCGGAGAUACGUCACGAUGGAUCAAACAGUUACCGUUUGAUGCAGCUGGGAUGCCUGGAGUCUGUGGCCAACUCCACCGUCGCCUAUUCCUCCACGUCGCCCCUGGCUUACUCCACCACCGGCCCUGAGUUCGCCUCCCCGUACUUCUCCACCAACCACCAGUACACUCCCCUGCACCACCAGUCCUUCCACUACGAGUUCCAGCACAGCCACCCGGCCGUCAACCCCGACGCCUACUCCUUGAACUCGCUCCACCACUCGCAGCAGUACUACCAGCAGAUCCACCAUGGGGAGCCCGCCGACUUCAUUAACCUGCACAACGCCCGGGCGCUCAAGUCCUCUUGCCUGGACGAGCAGAGGCGAGAGCUGGGCUGCCUCGACGCUUACCGCCGCCACGACCUCUCGCUCAUGAGCCAUGGCUCCCAGUAUGGGAUGCACCCUGAUCAGAGACUCCUGCCGGGACCCAGCCUUGGCCUGGCCGCCUCGGGAGCAGACGAUCUGCAGGGCUCAGUGGAGACCCAGUGUGGGCUAGUGUUGAACGGCCAAGGCGGGGUGAUAAGGAGAGGUGGUACCUGUGUAGUCAAUCCCACAGAUCUCUUUUGCUCAGUUCCGGGCCGUUUAUCUUUACUCAGCUCCACUUCCAAAUACAAAGUGACCAUUGCAGAAGUGAAGAGACGCUUGUCCCCACCAGAAUGCCUCAAUGCCUCUCUUUUGGGAGGGAUUUUGAGAAGAGCAAAAUCCAAGAAUGGAGGACGUUGCUUACGAGAAAAAUUGGACAGACUGGGGCUCAAUCUGCCUGCAGGGAGAAGGAAAGCAGCCAAUGUCACUCUCCUAACAUCCCUAGUAGAAGGAGAAGCUUUGCAUUUGGCCAGGGAUUUUGGCUACACGUGUGAAACAGAGUUCCCAGCUAAGGCGGUCGGGGAGCAUCUUGCCAGACAGCACAUGGAACAGAAGGAACAGACAGCAAGGAAGAAGAUGAUCCUAGCAACAAAGCAAAUAUGUAAAGAAUUUCAGGACCUGCUAAGCCAAGACAGAUCGCCCUUGGGAUCUUCUAGACCCACUCCAAUAUUGGACCUUGACAUCCAGAGACAUUUAACACAUUUCAGCUUGAUCACUCAUGGCUUUGGGACGCCUGCAAUAUGUGCUGCCCUCAGCACUUUCCAAACUGUUCUCAGUGAAAUGCUGAACUACUUGGAAAAACACACAGCACACAAAAAUGGAGGAGCAGCAGAAUCUGGCCAAGGACAUGCCAAUUCAGAGAAAGCCCCCCUGCGGAAAACAUCAGAGGCUGCUGUGAAAGAGGGCAAAACAGAAAAGACAGACUAGCUACAUCAAACAGAAUCUAUUUCCAGAGAACCUUGCUGCUGAUAUUUUUUUUAAAACAUAUAUCUAUCUCUCUAUAUAUCGAUCUACAUAUAUCUAUAUCUAUAUGUCUCAUCAAGGGUGAUUUGGCUCCAGUGGAUAAAACUGAAUGGGGAGGGAGGUUUUUAAAAACCCACCAACCCUGCCACCCCUUAGGACAGCUGUGUACAAUAAC